AUGGCAACGAAGAUUUACAUAGUGUAUUACUCUACGUAUGGGCAUGUUGAGAAGCUUGCUCAUGAGAUAUCAAAGGGCGCCUCAUCAGUUGAAGGUGUGGAGGUCAAAGUGUGGCAGGUUCCUGAGACGCUACCAGAAGAAGUCCUUGGCAAGUUGCACGCACCUCCCAAGGGUGAUGCGCCAAUCAUCACAGCCAGUGAACUAGCUGAAGCUGAUGGGAUCCUCUUUGGCUUCCCAACUAGAUUUGGAAUGAUGGCUGCGCAGUUCAAAGCAUUCUUUGAUUCCACUGGUGGCCUUUGGAGAACUCAACAGCUCUCAGGCAAGCCUGCAGGGAUCUUUUACAGCACCGCUUCUCAGGGCGGUGGCCAGGAAACUACCGCCUUGACUGCCAUCACUCAGCUAGUUCACCAUGGAAUGAUCUUUGUGCCCGUUGGCUAUACUGCUGGGCCUGGAAUGUUUGAGAUUGAGAAAGUGAAGGGUGGUUCUCCCUAUGGUGCCGGAACUUUAGCUGGGGAUGGGACGAGGCUUCCUUCUGAGCUUGAACUGCAGCUUGCCUUCCAUCAGGGCAAGUACUUUGCUGGCAUUACAAAGAAGUUCAAGGCUUCUUCUUGAUCUCUCAUCAUCUCUAUACUUCCAUCACUGUUAUUGAACCGUUUGAAUUUCUUAUGAAGAAUAAAUUACAGAAAUUUGUACUCAGGAUUUCUCUUCUCGCCACAGCUUCUCUUCUAUGUAUACGUUUUCUCUAUUAUGUUAGUGAAUGUGUUUCCUUCUCUGUGCUA